CACUCAAAACUAGAAGAAAGGCUACAAGUGUUUCCUCAUAUAGAACCACCCUGCCUAAGCUAAGCUAUACUCCCAUGGACUUGAAGCUCAUCCUAUCGUUGCUCUUAAUUUGCAUGGCGGUUUCCUCGCCGCCGCCGCCGGCAUAUGCUCACUGGAACAUCUCAUGCGACCCCUGCCAUAAUUACCCACCCUACCACCGCCCCACUCCUCCCGAAUCCGGCCGCCCUCAUCCCCCCAAAAUCCCCCGCCCACACCCACCUCCGAAGGUCUUGCCGCCUAUACACUUCCCUCCCGUCGUCACGCCACCCGGCAUCCUCCCUCCGGUCAUAAAUCCUCCGGUCAUUUUGCCUCCUCCUGCCGGAAUCUUACCCCCCAUAAUCAACCCUCCUGUCGUCGUCCUGCCUCCACCCGGCAUCCUCCCUCCGAUCAUAAACCCUCCUAUCACCAACCCACCAGGAUGGGGUGGUGGAGGUGGAAGCGGAGGCGGAGGCGGAGGGGGAGGCUACCCUCCUUAUACCCCUGCACCAGGAACAGGAGGAGGAAGUGGUGGUGGUGGUGGAGGCAGUGGCGGCGGCGGUGGAAUUAUUUUUCCACCACCGACCACUCAGUGUCCGAUAAACGCCCUGAAGCUAGGGUUGUGUUUGGAUGUGCUUGGAGGAUUGGUGCAUGUGGGGAUAGGAAAUCCGGCGGAGAAUGUUUGUUGUCCGGUGCUUCAAGGGCUGCUAGAGCUGGAGGCGGCGGUGUGUCUCUGCACCGCCGUGAGGCUUAAGCUUCUCAACCUUAAUAUUUUCAUUCCACUUGCCCUUCAAGUUUUAGCAACUUGUGGUUUGACCCCUCCUCCUGGUUUUGUUUGUCCUCCUAUUUAUUAGGAGACAAGCACUAGUAGAUUUGUAUUCCGUCUUGCUACUCUUUCAUUUUCUAGCUAGAUUUAUGUGUUUAUAUUGUGUUCUAUAUAUGAAGAUGAGAUGGGAUGAUUAAUAAGAUGAAGUGCUAAAUAAUGUAAUGUAAUCUAG